AUGGCCCUGUUCGGCCUUUUGUCAACACUGAUCUUUAUCAAAAACAAUCACUUCACGUAUAGAGGACCGAAGCUCCUAGCUUCCAUUACACAAAGCAAAUAUUCGUCACCUGCAGGAACCACCAGAACCUAUGGAUAUCCCAAUUCGACAGGCAGCAACCACUACGCAACGCCAAUUAACAAUACUGCGAAGAAACUCAUUCUGUGGUACUUCUCACCAAGAUAUUUACCGAAUCCCUUGAAAGAUGGAGGCCGUAUCCAAGCCUGCCCAGAAGCAGAAUGUUUGAUGACAAGAGAUCAUGCUCUCUUAAAUCAAAGUAAAGCUGUCAUUUUUUCAGCUGAACAUAUUCGGGGCCUUCCGCCACGUAGGCAGCCGGGGCAAGUGUGGAUCUUCCACAAUAAUGAACCACCGUACCUUUUUGCCCAUGGCAGACCCUUCUUGAAACAACCCUGGUCAUCGGCAUUCAACUGGACGAUGGACUUCAGAAGAAAUUCAGAUAUUUAUAGACCUUAUGCUGUUCUCAGACAAAGAGGACAAAUAGUGCAGAGAAAUUACACGGAAAUUGUCCAGAAAAAGACUGGUCUGGUGGCGUGGAUGGUCAGCAACUGCGACGACUGGAGCGGGAGGCUGGCGUAUGCCCGGGAACUGAAGAAACACAUAGAUGUCGAUAUAUUUGGAUCAUGUGGUAAGAGGUCUUUUCCGAGAGGAGAUAAUGAUAAAUGGAUGCAACACCUCAAUAUUACAUACAAGUUUUAUCUGGGCUUUGAGAACUUACACUGUCUGGAUUACAUCAGCGAGAAGUUCUUCAACAACUUCAACCUUGACCUUGUAACUGUUGUUCGAGGGGGAGGUAACUACGGUCGGGACGCCCCUCCCGGCACCUACAUCAACGCUGAUGAUUUCAAAUCCCCUAAGCAGUUAGCAGAGCAUCUUCUGCACCUAAACAACGACACGGACAAAUACACAGAUAUACUCAGAAAGAAAGACCAAUACUAUUAUGAGGCAGAAGAAUAUCGAUAUAUCGAUGCUCGUGGUGGUGUUUUCAUCGAACAUUAUCAUGAAUCAGAGGCACUCUGUAACCUGUGCCAUCGAUUACAUCGGUCUGAUCAUUUUAAGAAAUCUAUUCCCGAUAUAGGCCCUUGGUUCACUAAAGGCAUAUGCAAAGAAGCAAAGACUGGUAGGCGGUGAUA